AUGUAAUCAAUUAAACCCAUAGUUCAAUAAAUCUCAUAUGCCAGAUAGGGAAUUAAUGAGAAGAAGCACAUAUCAGAGAAUAUAGAAAAAAUGAAGGUUGCUUUUGAUCAAUUGGCACCAGCUAUUAGAAAUUAGCAAGAUUAUAUCUAAAACAUGAAUCCAUCUUCAAUACAAGUUAAGGAUGGUGCUGAGAAAUUAUAGGAAUAGAAAAGGUAUUUCUUAAGAUUCCUUGAUUUAAUCAAUUAUGAAUUAUCGGAAUUAAUAACGAUCGCAAGAAAUACUAUGGGUUUGAAAGAUAAGGUUACUAAUCCUGAUCCUUUUUGGGAAAAGAUUCUGUAUUAAAAAGUUAAGUUCAUAGAAUCUAUAAAGGAUUAAUUGACUCCUGAUACAAAUUAUUUUGAAUUGCUCUUUAAAACGUUAAAUCUUAGGGAUAAUCUAAUUAUACAGUUUGUUAAAGCACUGUUACAUAGAAAACUACUCUUAUGGAAGGAUAUGAAUAUAAGGAAUGAACCUUUUGUUCAUGCCUAGAUCAAGGCUUUGUUAAAUAAUAUUGAAUCUAAAUAAACGAAAGGACAAAUAGUAAGUGAAAAAUUGGAGUUUAAAGAAAUUGAUUUUGCGAAUGAAACUGUCCCAGGAGUUUGGAGAUAUUAGUUAGAAUCUAAAGAGGAAAGUUAUUCGAUCGGAAUAUUUCUUAAUUUAUUAAAAGAAACCUAUGAUGAUUUGAUUACCAGUUUAUUAAAUUAUUGCAAUUUAUCAACAGAUCCAGCUGCAUUAAAAUAAGUUACAAAUAAUUCAAAAUAAGUUUAAAGUUUGAGGCAAUAGAUUGAGAUUUUAGUUGAUGAAAAUGAGAAAUUAAACAAGUAAUUGAAUGAGUUGAAGGUCACUAAACGAUCUAAUGAAUUUGUCGAAAUUAAGAGAUUGCAGCAAGUGAUUGAAGAGUUAGAAGUUAGUCUAUCUAGGAAAACUAGAGAAAUAGAUGAAUUAAUGGCUAAUUCUAAGGGGAGUCUCAGUUUAAUCUAGAAUCUUAGAGAAAAACUUAAAGACGUUGAAGAAGAAAACCAUAGAUAUAACAAUAUAUUCUUCCCUAAAUAAAAGGAUAUUGAGCAACAGACAGGAAAAUUACUGGAUGAGUUCUUGCAAAUUAAAAAAGACAUAGAUACAUACAGUUCUUUGUUUAAGAUGGAAAGUUAAAUUAGAGAAAAAGCUCUGAAAAGCAAGGAGUAGUCAGAAGAUUAAGUCUAAAAAUUGGUUGAUAUGUUAGGAAGAUCAAAAUAAAAAAAUAAAGAACUUCAGGAGGUCAUUAAGUAAAAGGAAUCCAUAAUAAAUAAGGUCUUAGAAGCUAAAAGAUAGAAUAUGGAGGAAAUUCAAAUUUUGAAUAAAGAAAUUAUUAUUCACAAGGACUAAGUUCAAUAUGAAUAAAACAGAGUCAAAGAGGUGCAAUAAUAGUUAGAUAUAUUGGAGAAGAAGUAUCAGGAUAUGUUUGAAAUCAACACACAUUUCAAUAAAAGAAUUUAUGAACUUGAAAGAUAGAAAAAAGAGUUAUUAGAUAUCUUAAAGAAACAUGAUAUUGAACCUGAUCCAACUAAAUUAAGUUUUAUUAAUGAACUAAUAUAAUAAUGA